CAUGCGCAGUGAGGUGUGUACAUUCUUGAGCGAAAAAUGAUGGCGAUUAUCCAGACGCUUCAAGAGCUUGUGCCCGCGUAUGGAUGGAGGUGGCCGUGAAAACUAACAACACUUGUGGUGAAAAGUAGUUUGCUUGAGAAUAUCGCAAUAAGUCUCAACCCUGAACAUUUUCAGACGUGGGAAAAAGCUAGUGGAUAGGGUUGAGGCUGUAAACUUGUGUAAUAUUGAAGCGUAAAAGAGCCACGUAGCUUAUAGAGCUCCAGAUCACACACACACACACACUGGCCUAGUGCUUUUAAACCACACACACACACACACUCUAACCAACCAACCAACCCGGAGAAGAGGAGUGUUCGAGUGAAUACUGAAUAGGAAAUAAAGACAAGCGAAACGAGCUGUUGGAGUGAGCAGUGCCUCUCCUGUAGUGUGAAUGAGGGUGUCAUGGCUGACCACACCUCCCAACUGGAGUCCGGCCAGUUACUCAGCCCAGACAUCCCAAUGCUCAACUCCCCGCCACCCCCUCCACACCCGGCCAACAUUGUCAAUGGAGACAGACCACAACAGGUAAUCUUGGUGCAAGUAAACCCAGGAGAGGCCUUCACAAUCCAGCGAGAUGAUGGUCAGUUUCAGUGUAUCACAGGUCCUGCUCAGGUUCCCAUGAUGUCCCCAAAUGGUUCAGUGCCUCAAAUCUAUGUGCCUCCUGGAUACGUUCAACAGAUCAUUGAGGAGAACGGAGUGAGGCGUGUUUUGGUCUUACCUCAAACGGAGUUUCAUCCGGGGGGCCAUUCGCCGCUUCACCACCCGCACCCUCCACCGCCCCACGCCCACCUGCAGGCCUUCAUCCCCCACCCACACAUCAUGCACCAUCCCCCUCACCUAUACUCAGGCAUGGCUGGAGGAACCGGUGACAUGAGCGCACAGUACAUCUCCCAGUACCACCCAGCACACACCACCAUCUACUCAGAGCAGGAUACUCACCCACCACAUGGACGUGCAGCAUUUUCUCACAGGGAUGAAAGGGCUAGCAAAACCUACGAGCGCCUGCAGAAGAAGCUGAAGGAGAGACAGGGGGUGGGUGGAGGAGUUGGUGGAGGUCUGGCCCCCUCCAAAGACAGCCCCCCUCCCUCCCCACAGAAGAACCUGGGGAUGCCGCCCACAGAAGGGGAUAUCCAGAACGGGCUAGGGUGUAAGGGCACAGAGGAGCAGACAGAGCCCACCACUACUGUCACCAGCCUGGGCAAAAGCCCGCCAGCGAGAGGGAAGGAGGCAGAGUCUGGAGAACUGGAUGAAGAGGCCAAAGCUCUUCAGGAACGAUUAAACUCCAUCUGCAAGCCAGUGGUGACUGAUAUCCAGGCCAGAGGGGCUAGUUUGAGUUGGGUGGCCCCAUCAUGGAAAGAAAGUGACAAGGAGCCGAAAGAGGGAGAGGAAAGCCCUGCAGAGCCCAGCUUCACUUACGAGGUCUCUGUCUCAUACAACGGCAAGGACGCGAAGUACAAGACCACCUACAGUGGAGUGGAACUGAGUGCAACCUUACAAGACUUAAGACCAGCAACAGACUACCAUGUCAGGGUACGGGUCAUGUGUGACUGUUUACAAGGUGUUCCUUCAGAGCCCGUGAGCUUCACCACUCUGAGCUCUGAGCCUGACACCCCCAGCCCACCACGCAAAGCCAGCGGCACCAAGAGCAGCCUUGUCCUGCAGUGGAAGGCCCCUUGUGACAAUGGUUCCAAAAUCCAAAGCUAUAUUCUUCAGUGGGAUGAGGGGAAGGGUACUGGUGUGUUUGAGCAGUGCUUCUAUGGCCCUCAGAAGCAGUACAGACUCUCCAAGCUCUUGCCAGCUUCCAGAUACUCCUUCCGACUGGCAGCCAAGAAUGACAUGGGGGUCAGUGAGUUCAGUGAAGCCGUUCCCAUCAUGACGUCAUGCAGUGUGCCCGCUGCACCUCAGAGCCCUGAGCUGGUUCAGCUCGGGGUCACGUGGCUAUGUCUGCGGUGGCACAGACCGGCUGGCUCGCCCAGAGAGGACGACAUCGGCUAUGUGCUGGAGAUGGAGGAGGAGGGCUCAGGUUAUGGGUUCCAGGCCAGUUAUGAUGGUGAUGAGCUCUCACACACCAUCAGAAACCUUCACAGGAGCACUACAUACAGGUUCAGGGUUAUUGCCUAUAAUGCAGAAGGGAAAAGUAACCCCAGCCCCGUGUCUGAGUUCACCACCGCCCCUGACAGACCAGGCUGCCCCUGCAGACUCUCAGUGAAGGGCAAACCUCAUCCGACCAGCUUCCGUCUGACCUGGGAUCCUCCCAAAGAUAACGGCGGUUCAGACGUCACAAAGUACGUGGCGGAGCUGUCUGAUGAUUUAAGUGGUUUCUCUUGGAAUCAGGUGUACAGUGGUUCGGCUAUGGAGUGUUUGUGUGACGGUCUGAGCCCUGGAUGUUCAUACCAGGCCAGAGUCCACGGUAUCAGUGCUGGAGGAGAGAGCCCGAUGACGGAGGCCCUGCAGGUCCAGACCCCACCUGUUCCUCCUGGUCCCUGUCAGCCACCCAGGGUGGUGGGUAAACCCAAAGCGAGAGAGGUGCAGUUACGCUGGGCUCCCCCUCUGGUGGAUGGAGGUAGUGUGGUAUCUUCAUACAGCGUGGAAAUGUUCGCUCCCCAGGCAGAGGACGGCAGGGAGGUGUACCGGGGCUCAGAACUGGACUGCACGGUGGGCAGUUUACUACCUGGCAGGAACUACAGCUUUCGGCUCCGAGCCGCCAACAAAGCUGGGUUUGGGCCAUUUUCGGAGCACUCAGAUGUCACAACAGGUCCAGGGGCCCCUGAGUCAUGUCGACCCCCUCAUGUCAACUGUAAAUCACCGACGUGUGCUGUGGUCAGCUGGGAGGUUCCUCACUGUAAUGGUGCAGCUGUGUCAGAGUAUCGUCUGGAGUGGGGGGCAGCAGAGGGCAGUAUGCAGAUUUGUUACACCGGUGCUGCUCUGUUCCAUGAGUUAAGGGGUCUGCUGCCUGCCACCAGCUAUUUCUGCCGGGUACAGGCAUUGAAUGUUGCCGGUGUGGGGCCAUUCAGCGAUGCUGUGCUCUGUCAGAUGCCCUGCUCUGUCCCUGCUGCAGUCAGCAGCGUUCAUGCUCUCCGUGAGUCAGAGAUGAGAGUGGAGGGCCGGGUCACAGAGAGUGCCGAGGAGGAUGAGGAAGAAGAAGAAGAGGAGGAUGAAGAGGCCUCUCCUCUCCUCUACUCGCCCUCCACCUGCCUGGGGCUGCGCUGGGAGGUGCCAUGCGAUCACGGAGCGGAGAUCACAUCAUAUCUGAUCGACAUGGGAGAGAGACAGCCCAUCCUCACUGGACCCGUAACCAAAUAUAUCAUCCAGAACCUGCAGCCCGACACCACUUACAGGAUAAGGAUCCAGGCUCUGAACAGUCUGGGUGCAGGUCCCUUUAGUCACACCUUUAAACUGAAGACCAAGCCACUGCCACCCCUCCCUCCACGCCUGGAGUGCACCGCCUCCAGUCACCAGACCCUCAGGCUCAAGUGGGGUGACAGCCCGGGCAAGGCCCAACCCACCGAUUCCUUACAGUUCCAUCUCCAGAUGGAGGAUAAAAUUGGGAGGUUUAUAUCCUUAUAUAAAGGACCCUGCCACACUCACAAAGUGCAGAGGCUAAUUGAGACUACCUCGUACACGUUUCGCAUCCAGGCCUUUAACGAGGCGGGCGAGGGGCCCUUCUCCACUGUUUACACCUUCACCACCCCCCGCUCCCCACCUGCACCCCUCAAAGCUCCUCGCGUGGAGCGUGUGGACGAUUCGUGUGAGCUGAACUGGGAGACACUGCCACCUAUGAAAGGAGAUCCAGUCAUCUACUGUUUGCAAUGCAUGCAGGGAAAUUCUGAAUUCAAACAGAUCUACAAGGGCUCGGCCACAUCCUUCCAUCUCCCCAACAUGAGCUCGUCCACGGAGUACCGUUUCCGUGUCUGCGCCAUCCGUCAGUGCCAGGAUGCUCCUGAAAUCACCGGCCCCUACAGCUCCACCGUCAUCCUGCUCCCCCCUCGCGUCGACACGCCUGGAGCCUCUAGUGCCACCGGGUCCAAAGCCGCCGAUGUCCAGAAGCCAAAACGCAGCCUUACGGACGAGCAGUUCUCUUUCCUUAUCAUCGCCCUGUUGGCUGUGACCUCCAUCCUAAUUGCGGUCGCCAUCCAGUACUUUGUGAUCGAAUGAGCCGUAGCGCUCUGAGGCUGCAUAAAGUUGUCCGAACAAAUGUUUUCUGUCGAUAGUUUGUUUUUGUUUAUAUUUUGUACCGGCACCAGCGUCAAGGAGCCGUGCGAAGGGAAAGAUUGCGAAAAGAAAGUUGUAGAAUUACUUCACCUACUCUAUCGUUCUAUCUUUCUUGUUCUUCGCUAUCCGUUCUUUCUCUAAGCAUGCUGUCGAAAAGAUGUUGUUGGAGUCGGAGGGCGAUUUAUUGAAGGAUCAGCAGUGAAGCUUAACGCUCAUCACAUACUCAUUGUACCACUUUCAUUUAUUUGUGUAGCUGUAGUCUUUAUGUUAUUUAUAUGUAUAAUUUUAGUUGUAAACUUUCCAGUGUGAGUUUCUAUCAGUGCUCCAAAGCUAGCUCGGUGGCCGCUCACCGGUUUGCUAUCUUGGGCCUGGGAUUGAGGGCCAGUGACUAUGCUGUCGGAGAAGAGGGCAUCUCUUUCCCGUAAGCACAUGGGAGAAGGCCCUCCGGGGGUCCCGGGCGAUCCCUGGGAGAUAAAGCCUACGACGCAAGGGAGGCGAGGCGAAACAGAUACUGCUUGAAUUAGCGUACGCUGAUUUAGCACUUUCCUCAAAACUUUUUUGAUGUUCAGAAUGUGUAAAGGAUGCAAAAAUAACUAGAGAAAUGUUAGUAUAUUUUUGUACAGUAUGACACGAGGACCUGUUCAUUGAGAUUCUGGCUUAUUAUGGGGGAGUAAGACUAUGAAUACCAAACUAACUCAGCUUAAUAGUUAUUUUUACUAUCAUGUACAUAUACUGUAGCUUGUUUUUACAAUCAAGCAGCUGCUUAGCUCCAAAAUGUUGUCAUUCAGCACAAACAAUGUACGCUUCUCAGAAACCUUUCCGUCAGUCGUUAUCUUUGCACCUUAGUGAGAAGAGAAAAAAAAUACUUCUUGAAUGCGUCUUGAUCUUGUGAUGCGUUUUAUGGAAUAUGUUCUCCAGUUGUGCAAGCCCUCCUUGUGUUUUGGCUGUUUUAAAAUUGUAGUACCAUGAACUUUGUUCUAGGAAUGGUUUAUUGAAACGGUAAUCAUUUUUUCAGAAGUCAUAUAGUAUUUUCUUAAUUUCUCUGAAGUGUUUUUCUUUUUUGGUCUUUAGUUUUAGAAACUAAAUUUGCGCAUUGUGUUAGCCUUUAUUUUUAGCAAUAUUACUUUUUGAUGUAAUCGCGAGAGUAUUGAAUAUAGGACUAAAUAUUAAUUAUAAGAUAUCUUAAAUUUUUCUUUCGAAUCAAAAAUCGGAACUUUAUUUUUAAUAUGAAACCGAAAACCUUUAAGUUGUGUCCAGCAGAGAAAUUAAGAAAAGCGCAAGGACUGGAAAUGCAAACGGCGGUAAUGAAUUCUGUUAAUCCUACGUGUACUUCCUGUGAGUUGAAAUGUUUGCCUUUUUCUCUGUAUGUUAAAGUCUCGUGACUGAUUGCCAGUGCUGCAUGAUGGCAGUGUGACAAUGUGGUCGUAGGGUUUCGUGUUGUGGUUGGUUAUGGGCAUAUGAGUGCUCUCACAAGGUACCUUGCAAGAAGUCUUUAAUGAAAAUGAAUUGCAUGAUUUGGUCUAAUAGAUAUUCUGCAAAUGUCUUCUGUUUGUCUUGUCUCAAAUUCCUAUUUUUGAUAGUGAUAAAAUGUAAUUGCAAAGUGUGCCAAUUUAACAUCUCCCCACCGUAGUAGGCUUCUAUGGUUGGUUCAUGGGAGAAAGACAAACUACAGAAAAUCAAUAAAAUAUGCACAAAAUAUUAGACCAUUUUUAUGUAAUUUUAAUGUUUGCAGUUACCUCAUACACCGUACAUUCCAAAAAAAUAAAUUUGUUAUAGUAUAUAUACUACCAGACAUAUCACUUUAAAAAUGGUCGUUAUCAGAUAGGAAAUGUAUAAUCAUAUAUAUGUAUCAAAAAUGUGUCUGUAUAGUCAUGAUAUCUACAGACAGAUCCA